AUGGAUCCAUCUGCCAUUUGGAAGAUUUUCGAGCAUAAUCCAGAUGCUCUCAGGACUCUGGUAGCCACCUCCGAACGCGCUGGGCACGUAUUCUGGAAAACAGAGGCUAAUCACGAACUCUCACAACGCCAACGACAGCUGGAUGUACUCUCCGGUGCAUACGGCUCAGUGUUCUCCCUGGCCAACGAGAUCCACAAGCUCCAGUUCGCUCAGAUGCUUCAGGGGCAAGGGAUAUCCGAGGAGCUGAUUGAGCGAUUAAAUGGGAUAGAGCUUGGCGACCUGACAUCGGCUCGGGGAGGGGACAUCCGACGACUCCUACUGAAGCUUUGUCUGAAUAGAGAAGCGGAGGCCAUACAUCAACAUGGGGAGCGUAUAUUAGAAGGCGGGAAAGUAAUUCUGGACUUAUUAGUAUCUCAGCCGAGGAAUCUUCUGGAGCAUUUGCUCGCCGUCAGCCCCGCUGACCAACACACGGCGCGCCAAAUUUCACAGGAUACCGGGCUGGAGGAUCUGACUGACUGCAUCCUACGAGAGCAGAGAGAGUUUAUUGCAGGAGGAUCUUUCGGAGAGGUAUAUAGAGCCGAGCUCAUCCGAGGCGAGAUGAGGAAGAAGGUUGCCGUGAAGGUGAUCAAAAUCUAUGAGGAUGAUAUAAUUGAUCCAGCGAGGAAGUUACGAAUCGAAAACCGUCUGAGAAGGGAAAUUAAGGUCUGGAAAAGGCUAUGCCAUCCCAACAUCGUUCCACUCCUCGGUUUCGUCCGCAGUUUCCAGACGGGAUAUUACACCUCCCCGCUACUAUCGAUGGUGUGCCCUUGGAUGGCAGGUGGAAGCCUUACAAAGUACUUGCAAGCACGAAACCAAGAUCUGACACUGAAGGACAGGUUUCAACUUCUUACCGACGUAAUAGAGGGGUUGACGUACCUGCACUCAAAUUCUGUGAUCCACGGGGAUCUAAGUAGUUCAAAUAUCCUCGUUUCCGACAACAGUGCAUCUCUCAGUGACUUCGGGUUGUCGCAGAUUGUUUCCGACUUCGUCGACACGCCGUACAUGACGUCUAAGUUGGCCCAAGCCGGGGCAAUCCGAUGGCAAGCUCCAGAACUGUUUGUCGGAGACGAUCGAUGCCCUCCGAAGACCAAGGCCUGCGAUAUCUACUCCUUUGGCUGCAUUGUACACGAGGUCAUAUCGGGCUGCUUGCCCUACUUCAAUAUUGAAAGCGAUUACUACGUUGCGUUACAAAAAAUGACGCUCAUACCUCCAGCGCGCCCAGACUCUAGUCUCCUCACAAAUGAGAUCUGGGACUUCAUACAGUUGUGCUGGCGAGACGAACCAAAUUGGCGACCAGAGGCAACGCAAGUGGGGCGUAAAUUGCAGGUUAUAACUUCCGGAUACUCCAACGAGGCGUUGAACAUAAAAUCUCCCCUGAUGCUAGAGGAAUCCGGGCUAAAGUUAGACUGA